AUGCCCAGCCACGAAGACACAACCACAUCUUCUAAAUCCUUCCUUCGCUACCUUCUCAUCUUCUCCGUUCCAUUGGUUAUUCUUUUCAUCUGGAACAACUUCUUCAGCCCUGUCAAGUCAGAAACCACACCAGAAGCCAACAUGUCAGGAAGAAUCGCUCCUCUUGUUUUCCCAGCGGCAUCCCGCCACACUGCCACGGUCAUAUUCGUUCAUGGCCUUGGUGAUACCGGUAAUGGCUGGGCGAGUGCUGUCGAGAACUGGCGCCGACGGGAGAAGCUGAGCGAGGUCAAGUUUAUUCUGCCUAAUGCUCCCGAAAUCCCCAUCAGUGUGAACAUGGGAAUGAGAAUGCCUGGAUGGUUUGACCUUAAACAAAUCGGUGGAGAUAUUGACUCUCUCAUCCGUAACGAGGAUGCAGAGGGCAUCAAGCGCAGUCAAAAGUACUUCCACGACAUGAUCCAGGAAGAGGUCAACGCUGGCAUUGCUCCCGAGCGUAUUGUCCUCGGAGGUUUCUCCCAGGGCGGCGCCAUGUCCCUUCUUGCUGGUCUCACCUGUACCAACAAACUGGGCGGUAUCGUCGGCCUCUCAUCGUGGCUGGUCCUCUCAAAGACCUUUGCCGACAUGGUCAAGCCCACCGAUGCCAACCGUCAAACCCCCGUCAUGAUGUUCCAUGGUGAAGCUGACCCUAUUGUUCCUUUCCAGCGUGGAAAGCUGAGUGCCGAUUUGCUUAAGGGGCUUGGAUACGAUGUGAAGUGGAAGACCUACCCUGGCAUGCAACACUCUGCUUGUAUCGAGGAGCUUGACGAGGUUGAGGCUUUCCUGCAGAAGCAAUUGCCCCCCAAGAACUAA